UGAACAACAAAAUUGAUUUUUCCCUGAUAUUUUCCCUGAUAUUUUCCUCUUGUUCCAAAACUUGACCAUUUCUGGUUUCUCGGCUCCGUUGAAGAUCCCAAUUAGUCCAAUAUCAAGGCAUCUGGUCGGAGAAACACAUAGAAAUCGAAGUGAAAAAUGAGGAGGAGACCUGGCAUUGGAGGCUUGCAGACAGCCGCGGCAGCGAGGGAUCAAUACCGCCAGCUGGGUGAAAAUGUUGCGAAGCUCAGAACCGAUAUGAUGAAGGAACAGCUCUCCACCUUUCGAUCUCAGUUAGAGGAUUUCGCUCGCAAGCACAAGAAAGAUAUCAGCAAGAACCCGACUUUCAGAUCACAGUUCCAUGAGAUGUGUGCUAAAGUUGGAGUGGAUCCCUUGGCCUCAAACAAGGGGUUUUGGGCAGAGCUCUUAGGCAUUGGUGAUUUCUAUUACGAGAUUGGAGUGCAAAUUGUUGACAUUUGCUUGUCUACAAGACCCCACAAUGGAGGUUUGAUUAGUUUACAAGAACUCUGUACUUUGCUUCGGCAGAGACGAAAAAGCGAUCGGGAAGCUGUAUCUGAGGAUGACUGCCUGCGAGCUAUAAGUAAACUGAAGAUAUUGGGAAGUGGUUUUGAGGUAAUUACCGUUGGCAAGAAAAAACUUGUUCGGUCUGUUCCGACCGAGUUGAACAAAGACCAUAAUGAAAUUCUUGAGCUUGCCCAGGUUCAAGGCUUUGUAACUGUGGAUGAGGUAGAGAGACGGCUUUCAUGGACGUCUGGUCGUGCAGUUGAUGCCCUCGAAACUCUCCUGGAUGAAGGUCUUGCGAUGAUUGAUGAUGGCCACCGUGACGGUAGGCGUCGAUAUUGGUUUCCUUGUGUUUCUCCUAUCUCAUCUUCUCUCAGUACUGAUGCCUGACAUGAUACUUUUUAACAAAACAAGCACUGUGGUAUAUGGUGCACGAUAGAAUGACGAAGCAAUGUAUCCUUUGCUUUUUGUAUCAAUACUGUUGUUUUUCAUUUUCCCCUUUGUUUUAUUUCUUUAUUCUACUUGAACAAUGAUGGAAAAUGCAUAAAGGAAAAACACUUCUGCAAAUAACACAAUUCAUCAUA